AGAACGUUUUGAAACGAAGUGUCAUCCAGAUGUCAGUCUUGGCAAUCCUAUCUCGAGCUGGCAGCCGGUCUUUCAACGGGACGGUCAGUGUUGGAUAACGCACGUCACAUUUCUCCUCAACCUCCGCGAGCUGCUCACUUUCAGUUUGCGCUUUGCAACUUCGCAAGUGUCUCUCGGCUUGUCCGCUGGUGUGAUGUGAAAUACAGACUCCACGGCUCCUUUCGUGUUAAUUCUGCUCGAUGUUUGCUCAAAUGAGGGAAAUGAGAGUUUUGUUGGGUUUGUCGCUGCUUGUGCGGUUUGGAGAUACAGAGAACAUCACCUCUAUCACUGGCAGUAUGAUUGUCGCUAUUACUAAAUGACCUGCAGGCACACUAUCAUUCUGUUUGGAACUUUUGUGUUUCGUAGAAAAAAGAAAAUACAGAGGUUUUCAGAACAACAUGAGAUGGAUUUUGUUGGACACACCAAAGACGAUUAGUCAUUGGGCAAACUUCAGAGAUGGAAGUGACUGUUUCAUACUGCUAAAAAAAAACUUGACCCACCUGAAACCACUCAGUGGUGAUCGUUUUAUGAGGAUUAAUGGCAUGUUCUCUUGUGGGCCCAUCUUUGACCUCUGUGCUCUCCUAGAGUUUAAAACACUAGCCAUGAAAUGUGGUAGAGACGUGUGACACAUUAGGCCCACCAUGCUAGACCGUAGUGGGCAACAGUGUUACAGACACAAUACAAUACAUGAAAGCUAAAAGGAAACCUCUUGACUUUCUAGUCUUAGUUUUAAACAUGGCUUGAGUUGGGACUGAUUAUAGAAGUCUCUGAGGAAGCGAAGAGACCAUGUGUAACAUCUCAACCUCGUGCAAUGUUGACUCAAACAUAGACCAGUUCUUCCAGCCAGUGCUGUAUAUUAUCGUCAUCGUUCUUGGGUUCCCCACCAACUGCAUGGCCCUGUGGGCCGCGUACAUGCAAGUCAGACAGAAGAAUGAGUUGGGGGUCUACUUGAUGAACCUCUCGGUGGCUGACCUCUUGUAUAUAGCCACUUUGCCACUUUGGAUCGACUAUUUCAUCCACCAUGACAACUGGAUCCACGGUCAAGUGUCCUGCAAGCUGUUCGGUUUCAUAUUUUACACCAACAUCUACGUCAGCAUCGCCUUCCUCUGCUGCAUAUCUGUGGAUCGUUACUUGGCAGUGGCUCAUCCCCUGAAAUUCGCUAAAGUCCGCAGAGUCAAAACAGCCUUGCUGGUCAGCGUUGUUGUGUGGGUAGCAGAAAUAGUGGCCAACUCUGCGCCUCUCUUCCACGAUGAGCUUUUCAAGGACCGCUUCAACCACACCUUCUGCUUCGAGAAGUAUCCCAUGCAGGAUUGGGUGGCCGCGAUGAACCUUUACCGCACUUUUCUCGGUUUCUUGGCGCCUUGGGGAGUGAUGCUGGCUGCGUACAGAGGCAUCCUGAGAGCCGUGCGCAGCAACGUCUCCACUGAGCGCCAAGAGAAGGCCAAAAUCAAGAGGCUGGCCCUCAGUUUGAUCCUCAUCGUCCUCCUCUGCUUCGCUCCCUAUCACGUCCUUCUGUUGUGGCGUAGCGUGCUCUUCCUUAGCAACCCCUGCGAUUGCGGUGCUGAGGAGAACUUGUUUGGUGCUUAUCAUGUGACUUUAGCACUCACCAGCCUCAACUGCGUGGCGGACCCCAUCCUCUACUGCUUUGUCAACGAAGGGGCCCGUAAUGACGUGGGCCGGGCCCUGGCCACUCUCUUCGGUCUCUUCCAACGGGGCCAAAGCCCAGAGGCACUCAUGGGAGCAUCCAUCACCGUUGAGACACCUCUGGCUAUGAAGAAGCCCGAUUUCUACAGUGAGGUCAAAACAAAUGCUUAUAAAACUGACAUUGAAGUGCUCAAAGAUGAGUGCCUUCAAAUGACCAUUCUCAGUGUUAAAAAGUGAAGUUAAAUGUCGAUGUGACAUACAGCGGUCCCAUAAAGUGUGUGGAAUUGAAAUGCAUGUGCGAGUGUACUGUACAUAUUAUGGUGAUGAAGUUUUAUAUCACGUUGAUUUCUAGUAGAUGAAUGAAGUUCUCCUCACUAACAUUUAACAACCAAAAAAGUCAGAAUACUUUUUUGUCUUAAUUUAAAACAAUAUUUCUUUUGUUUUACAAUUUAAAAUCCAACAAACUUUUUUUUUUUGCUUGAAAUCUGUACUUGUGUUAUCUGUCUAUCUAAAACAAUGCCACUUGAUUUGAUUUUGUUACAUAAUGCAUAAACAUGCAUUUGUUUUGUUUUGUUCUUGUCCAUAAAAUGAAAAUUAAUGAGAUCAAACGGUUAUUUUCGACCCCACUGAUUUAAUUACAAAAACAAAAUUUCAUGGACUAAAUUUAAAUUAUUUAAACAUUCUGUACUAUCUUCUUUUGUGUUCCAUUAAAGAAACACACACACACAAAAGGGUUUGGGACAGCAUAAUUUGUGAUUAAAUAAUGACAGAAUUUUCCAUUUUGAGUGAAUUUUAAGUGUAUAAUUACUUUGUGGGGCCGCUGUAUAAGGUGCACUUUCUGACAAUAACUAUACCAACACCUAUGUGUACCUCAAGUUCUACCCAGAAACACUGUCUAUGAUAAAAUCUUUAACUUGGAGAUGAGGAUUAAUCAAUAUCAGCAAAAUACUGAUGUCAAAAAUCCCUCUCCUUUUGAAUGUUUUAUAUGUACAUGCCUGCCAUUUGUGUCGGUUAAGAUUUUACAGGAAAUAUACUCUACUAUCCCUAUUUUGAAAUUAUUGCCCAAUUAUUUAUUUCCCCACUGAUGUCACAGUCAACACAAAUACCAUAUGGGCUGUGUCAUGUCUUAAUAUGCAUCUUAAUACGCUGUAUAAAGUCUUAACAAGACUCUUUACCAAGAGGAGCGUGUUUCUCUCAGCUGUCUCGUGUUUGACAUACUUUCUGUUCAGUGGCCCACAGAUACCCAAAACGGAAACUGUUUUCCAAACAAUGGGCUUUGCUGUUGUUUACAUUUUCUUUCUUCAUUAGUUCUCCAGGUGCCCUAUUUCAGCCUACCAAACUGUAAGUCCUGAAUGUCAGCAGUGAGAAAGUGCAAUGUAAUGGAUUUGCUGUUAUGCCAAAAUAAAAUACAUGAUGUCGGUCGUU